AAUCAGCCAAUUUCCCCCCCGCAUCCGCCUUUCUUUCUGCGGUUGUGCGUCCCUGAAAGCCCCUCUCCAGCGGGACUUCUUUGGACGAACUUUUCUGGAGCGCGGGGAAAUAAUAAAAAAGUUGCGCGCGCACUUUGCGCACCCGCAUCAGGCGCGCAGCAGUUCAAGCACCAUCGUCAUGGAGAGCGGCGUGGUCCACAUCUUCAAAGAGGACCGGUGCCCCUCGGGCCAGCCCGGGGAGUGCGUGCCGAACUUCACCUGGCAGCCCGGCUUGUCGGACAUCUUCAACUACACCCCCAACGGCACCUGGGACGCGGAACCAGAGCCAAUGUCGCCCCUCAUCCCCAUCAUAGUCGCCGUGUACUCGGUGGUGUUCGUGGUGGGCUUGGUGGGCAACUGUCUGGUGAUGUAUGUCAUCAUAAGAUACACCAAGAUGAAAACAGCCACCAACAUCUACAUCUUCAACCUGGCYGUGGCCGACGCRCUGGUCACCACCACCAUGCCCUUCCAGAGCACCGACUACCUCCUCAGCUCCUGGCCGUUCGGUGAAGUGGCGUGCAAGGUCUUCAUCUCCAUUGACUACUACAACAUGUUCACCAGCAUCUUCACCCUGACCAUGAUGAGCGUGGAUCGUUACGUGGCCGUGUGCCACCCCGUUAAGGCCCUGGACUUCCGCACGCCCGUGAAGGCAAAGAUCAUCAACGUGAUCAUCUGGGUGCUGUCGUCAGCUGCUGGGAUCCCGGCCAUGGUGCUCGGCAGCACCAACACCAACAACGGAACCACAGAAUGUGCUUUACAGUUCCCUGACCCCUACACCUACUGGGACACCCUGAUGAAGAUCUGCGUCUUCAUCUUUGCCUUCGUGGCCCCCCUCAUCAUCAUCACCGUCUGCUACACGCUGAUGGUGCUGCGGCUGAAGAGCGUGCGCCUCCUCUCGGGCUCGCGCGAGAAGGACCGCAACCUGCGCCGGAUCACGCGGCUGGUGCUGGUCGUGGUGGCCGUCUUCGUGGUGUGCUGGACGCCCAUCCACAUCUUCAUCCUGGUCAAAGCACUGUCGUCCGACGUGCCCGAGACCACCGCCGUCAUGGCCGCCUACUUCUUCUGCGUGGCGCUGGGCUACACCAACAGCAGCCUCAACCCCAUCCUCUACGCGUUCCUGGACGAGAACUUCAAGAGGUGCUUCAGGGACUUCUGUUGCCCCGGAGCAGGGCGGGGACAUGGGGACUGUCAGGGGCUGAGCCGAGUCAGGAGCACCCUGCGGGACCACACCUGCCCCACUGAGGGACGGGGAGACACGAGACAACCCAGGCCGGUAUGACUAGCCAUGAACGUGUCCUCUAAGGCUUAUCACAGCUGGGAGGACUCGAUCGAUCUGUGUUUGACUCAGAUCACCACUGCGAUUUGAACAGGAUGUGUUAGUCCCAAUGAGUCCCAUAAAAAGACCUAAAACCAAUAACCUACCCUCACAAACACUCCCCAUGCUUAAAGUAAAAAUAACGUCACUUCCCCUAAAUGCACUAUUUAAGAAGACAGUGCCUUAAAACUGUAGCUCUUUUACCAAAAAAAAAAAAAAAAAA